AUGUCUCGACUAGUGACCGGUGUACGGUCCUUCUCCACGACGGCUUGGUCUAUGCUAGCUGGCGUCACCGCACGAUCUGCUGGUCACCCCUCCUCCUUCCAAGUCUUUCGUGAUGUCCCUCCGCUCCGCCAAUUGCGCCGCCAGUUGCUACGAAAUGAUCGCAGUGUUGGGUUUGUGCCCACCAUGGGCGCUCUACAUGAAGGCCACAUGUCUCUAAUUCGCGAAGCCGCCCGCGAAAACACCGAUGUUUUCGUGAGCAUCUUCGUCAACCCCACUCAAUUUGGCGUGAAUGAAGACCUUUCUAGCUACCCACGCACUUGGGAUAGCGAUGUCGAAAAGCUAGAGCAAUUAAACCAGGAGCUGGCUAAGGCGGCGGCUGGCUCCGAUACAUCGACAGGACGAAUCUCGGCCAUAUUCGCCCCUACCUCGAAAAUCAUGUACCCUAGCCAGCCUCCCUCAUCAGAAAUCGACGGUGAGGGGUCCUUCGUCACCAUAACCCCCUUGUCCAAGAAAUUGGAAGGAGGCUCGCGUCCGGUCUUCUUCCGUGGCGUCGCGACUGUCUGCAUGAAGUUGUUCAAUGCUGUGACCCCUGACCGCGUCUACUUUGGCCAGAAAGAUAUCCAACAAACUGUUAUCAUCAAGAGGAUGGUUCAAGAUUUCCUGAUUGGCACUGAUGUGCGGAUUGUGAGCAUCACGCGCGAACCGAGCGGCCUAGCCCUUAGCUCUCGCAAUGUCUACCUGGGUGAACGUAGACGCGCCGUCGGUCUUACUAUUUACAAGGCCUUGAAGGCUGCCGAAGAGGCAUACCGGUCCGGGCACACCUCACGCGCAGACAUUUUGGGGGCUGCUCGAAACGUCACCGAUAGAGUGUUGGCCGAGCAACAAGGUCUCUCCCCCAAACGGAGAGCAUUGUUCGAGACCGACUACAUUUCGCUUGCUGAUCCCGAUACUCUUGAUGAGCUGGAUCUCGUCGAUUGCUCCAAGGGCGCCGUCUUGAGUGCAGCUUUGAAGAUGGCGCCCUUGGAAGAGACGAAUCCUGAUGAAGACUGCGGUCUGGGCGACGGCAAGGUUGCCGUACGCUUGAUCGACAACAUAAUCCUUCAACCUCAGCAGCCUCAGCAGCCCAGCAGUAACAGCUAA